GUUUAUCUGUUCCUUGUCUUGGCAGUAGAUUCUUCUCUUUCGUUGCUCGCUAUGUUUAGUGCGGCAGGAAGCGACAUGAGAGAUCUAUAAGACAAUAAGCAGGCAGGUCCAUGGGCAACGCAGUGGGCACGCCGCCAACGGGACCCAAUUCAUUGCUAAGCUCUGGCGGGAGACGAGGUAGUGCGUCGAAGGAGCCGUCGGGUCGUCGGCAUUUCACUGUGGCAGAGCUCGCCACUUUCAAUGAAGCGAACAAGCGGCUUAUUUACAUCUCGAUUAAGAGCGACGUCUACGAUGUGAGCUCCAGUCGAGACCUGUACGGAUCCUCGGGUAAAUAUGCGGCGCUGGCGGGCAAAGACGUCACGCGGGCGGUCGCCUUGGGUAAAUUGGAGGACGAAAAGGAACUGGCCAGCUUAGACUUGAGUGACUUGACACCGGAACAGUUCCAGACGCUGGACGAGUGGUUGGUCAAGUUCCACGACAAGAAAUACCCGAACGUGGGGCGGCUGGUCGAUACCGAUCUGCGCCUCACGCUUGAGGAGCUCUUGGCCUUCAACGGGGUGGAUAACCCGCGCCAGACUAUUCUGGUUGCUGUCGACGGUGUGCUGUAUGACGUGACGAUGAACGGAGCCGAGUUCUACGGUCCCGACGGCAUGUACGGCCAGUUCGCCGGUCGAGACGCUUCCAAAGCGUUGGCGUGCAUGUCGCUCGAGGAGGAAGCUUUGGACAACCCGUCGAGCGCCGAACUCACUAUGGAGCAGCGCAAGACACUGGACGACUGGAUCAAGCGCUUCGAAGGCAAAUACGCAGCCGUGGGGAAGACUGCAGGGAGGAAGUAAGACACGAGGAUUCAUCAUAAGAAUACAUGCUCACCUUAUGACCACAAACGGUUGACGUUGAACAAAGUCAUCACCGCAAACGUUUACGCCUGGAGUUCUAUGCCGCAAUCAGGUGAA